AUGACUUUCUUAUACUGUGCGAACUGUCUUGCGCUGACAUUCGUCCCUCCAUGGAUCUUGUACAAGUACAAAUUGAUAGAGUUUGCACCCGUUGCACUUGUCGUGCAAGCAGCGUUCGUCUAUGCAGGCACUCAGCUCUUUCAGAUGAUCCUGAUGGCAACUUUUGUUCCCUCAGCGGACCCUCAUGAAUUCAACGUGUCGCAAGAGUGCAUGAAAGCAUUCAUCACGCUUGCUGACGUUUUAGGGUUGCAUUAUCUCUUUCAGAAGAGAUCUUCUAUGGGGACUGCUGCAGGGAUCGGAUUAUCAUGGAGCGCGACAGAAUCGUUGUUCCGACGACUCGUGCCGCUGUGGGUUGAAGCGAGAAGUUUGCAGUUUAGUUGGAAUCAUCUCCUGACCUCGAUCGAAGCAAACAUCAGCAUUGCUAUCCACAUCGCCUUCGCUCUGCUUGUCUGGUUGUGGAUUCGCAAGCCAAAC